AUGGGACUCCUGGACCGACUAGAGGUGGUCAGUAGGGAGCAGCGGCUGAAGGUGGCCAGGGCUGUUCUCUACCUGGCCCAAGGCACUUUUGGGGAAUGUGAUUCAGAAGUCGAUGUGCUACACUGGUCCAGGUACAACUGCUUCCUGCUCUAUCAGAUGGGGACCUUCUCGGCCUUCCUGGAGCUACUCCACAUGGAAAUCGACAACAGCCAGGCCUGUAGCAGUGCUCUUCGGAAACCAGCUGUGUCCAUUGCUGAUAGCACAGAGCUCCGGGUGCUGCUGAGUGUCAUGUACCUAAUGGUGGAAAAUAUCCGCCUGGAGCGAGAGACAGAUCCCUCUAGGUGGAAGACAGCCCGGGAGACCUUCCGCACUGAAUUGAGCUUCUCUGUGCAUAAUGAGGAGCCUUUUGCCCUUCUGCUCUUCUCCAUGGUUACCAAGUUCUGUAGCGGCCUGGCCUCCCACUUCCCCAUAAAGAAGGUCCUGCUUCUGCUCUGGAAGGUGGUCAUGUUUACCCUCGGUGGAUUUGAGCAUCUUCAAGUUCUCAAAGUACAGAAGCGGGCAGAACUGGGCCUGCCUCCACUGGCUGAGGACAGUAUCCAGGUGGUGAAGAGCAUGCGUGCUGCCUCCCCGCCCUCUUAUACUCUUGAUCUGGGGGAGUCUCAGCUGGCUCCGCCACCCUCCAAGCUGCGAGGCCGUCGUGGUUCUCGAAGGCAACUCCUCACUAAGCAGGACAGCCUGGACAUCUACAAUGAAAGGGAUCUCUUCAAGACUGAGGAGCCAGCCCCAGAGGAGGAAGAAGAGUCUACAGGCGAUGGAGAACGAACCUUGGAUGGAGAGUUAGACCUGUUAGAGCAGGACCCUCUGGUGCCACCUCCACCCUCACAGGUGCCCCUCUCUGCUGAGCGGGUAGCCUUUCCCAAGGGCCUACCCUGGGCCCCAAAGGUCAGACAGAAGGACAUUGAGCAUUUCUUGGAGAUGAGCAGGAACAAGUUCAUCGGAUUCACCCUAGGGCAGGACACAGAUACCUUGGUUGGAUUACCCAGACCCAUCCAUGAGAGUGUGAAGACCCUAAAGCAGCACAAGUAUAUCUCCAUCGCAGAUGUGCAGAUCAAGAAUGAAGAGGAACUGGAGAAGUGCCCCAUGUCUUUGGGGGAAGAGGUGGUACCAGAGACACCAUGUGAAAUCCUCUACCAGGGCAUGCUGUAUAGCCUCCCCCAGUACAUGAUUGCUCUGCUUAAGAUUCUUCUAGCUGCAGCCCCCACCUCCAAGGCGAAGACGGACUCUAUCAAUAUCCUGGCAGACGUCUUGCCUGAGGAGAUGCCCAUCACUGUUCUCCAGAGCAUGAAGCUGGGCAUUGAUGUGAAUAGACACAAGGAGAUCAUUGUAAAGAGUAUCUCUGCUCUGCUACUGCUACUCCUCAAGCACUUCAAACUCAACCAUAUUUACCAGUUUGAAUAUGUAUCGCAACACUUGGUAUUUGCCAACUGCAUCCCCUUGAUCCUGAAGUUCUUCAAUCAAAAUAUCUUGUCCUACAUCACUGCCAAAAACAGCAUCUCGGUCCUGGAUUACCCUUGCUGUACCAUCCAGGAUUUGCCGGAACUUACUACUGAGAGUCUGGAAGCUGGAGACAACAACCAGUUCUGCUGGCGGAACCUCUUUUCCUGCAUCAAUCUCCUGAGGCUGCUCAAUAAACUGACCAAGUGGAAGCAUUCCAGGACCAUGAUGCUGGUGGUGUUUAAAUCAGCUCCAAUCUUAAAGCGGGCCCUCAAGGUCAAACAGGCCAUGCUGCAACUUUAUGUCCUAAAGCUGCUAAAGAUACAGACCAAGUACCUGGGGCGCCAGUGGAGGAAAAGCAACAUGAAAACCAUGUCAGCUAUUUACCAGAAAGUACGCCACCGCAUGAACGAUGACUGGGCUUACGGGAAUGACAUUGAUGCUAGGCCAUGGGACUUCCAAGCAGAAGAAUGCACCUUGAGGGCCAACAUCGAGGCUUUUAACAGCCGCCGGUAUGACAGAACCCAGGACUCUGAAUUUUCACCUGUGGAUAACUGCUUGCAGAGUGUGCUGGGCCAGAGGUUGGAUCUGCCUGAAGAUUUCCACUAUUCAUAUGAGCUCUGGCUAGAGAGAGAGGUGUUUUCACAUCCUAUCUGUUGGGAGAAGCUGCUCCAGAAUCACUGACUGAGCUCCUGUCCACAAAGCAUCUGAUAGAUGGAGGUUGGCUCCAAUAAAUGGUGCUCUGCCUACACUGCCCAUUCAGCCUUUGUUUCCAGCUCUACGAGUGCUUGUCAAGGGGAGAUCUGGCCUGGCCCAAAGACAUCCAGUACAGUUCAAAGCUAUUCUGGGGACUGUUGGGCCUGCAGAUGGUGCAAGGCUGGGAUCCUGAGUCACAACAAAUUGAUCAACUUGCUUGGGAUCAGUGGGGUACCCAAUUAGCCUUGGGAAUCUUUUGGUGGAUCAGUCCUAGACAGGCUCUUUGGUGUCUUUGGUGGGACCGCUUCCUGCUUUAGUCUUGAUUAGUACCAGGCUACCCUUUGCUGGCCCCAAGAAUGAGAGGAAGUUUGUUAUAGCAUUUGACCCAAGGCUUUCAUCACAGGUAGUAGAGGUAUAGGUCAUAAAAUAGGGAGAAAAUUUUCUUCUUGCUGACCCUUGGUUUCCUAGGACUUAUCAGAGGUUUGGCAAAACCAACUUUGAAAUUAAGUCUGUAUUUUAAAUUUUGACACUCACCUCUUUCUAAAAUCAUUAGU